UGGGUGGGGGAGAAAGGGGUGAUCUCCCUGGCGUGGCCAUCUUGGUACAUGUCUCUUUCUCUGGUGGCCCUUCCCAACAUAUUCACAUCUCCAGAACUGCAGAUCCCCUCAGCCACCCUGCAGCCACUCAUUCCCAUCCCCUGGAGCCACCCAGCCCCAUAGGCAGCUGUGUGGCUUGCCCCCCAGAUGGGCCAUGCCCCUUGGCUCCUGAGGCACUGUGACCUUCCCUGGGCUGGAUGGGAGCUGACAGGCCCCUUCCUGCCUCAGGCUCCCCAUGCAGGGGCAUGGUGACUGUGCAGGGAAGCAUGUGCUGAGUUGUGUUGAAAGCUCCUUCUCUGUGGUAAGCAUCCGGCAGCCCCACAGGAGGUUGGGACACUUCCUGGCAGGCCUCCAAGGAGACACGGGGGAUCAGAUCAGUCUGGGGGGAGCAGCAGGAGAACCAGGCAUAAAGCUGGUGAUUAGUACCCACACUGGGAGCCUGGAGCCCACCUCUGCACCAGGACAGAGAGACCCAGGCUCGUUUUCAGGAUUCCACGAGGGGGUUGUUCUGUGUCACCACGCCUAGGGGCUACCAUGUCAGAGCUGGAAUCCCUGCUGCACGGCUUCCUUGGGGUGCAGCCCAGAGUCUUUGGGGCGGUGCUAGUGGUGGUGGGGCUGCUGCAGGUGGCCUUCGGAACCCUCUUCGUCAUCGACAACUGCGCUUACACGGAUAGUGUCGGCAUCCAUUUCUUCCCAGGAAUCCUGUUAUUCUUGGCUGGCAUCAUUGCCAUCGCUGCUGACAGAGCACCUAGCAUGGCCCUGGUGAAGGCCUGUCUGGUGAUCCAGAUCAUUGCUGCAGCUGUUGUCAUGGUGAUCAACUUCCUCUACCUGAGGGACCUGCUCUCCUAUCUCAGUUUUGCCUGUGAUCUCCAGGACCAGCUCCAGAAUUGCCGUGUGCAUGAUCAGAUCAUGGUCUACUGCACAGGCAUGCGGGGCAUUGCACUGUUCACAGCAACUCUGGGGUUGUGCCUCACUGUUUCUCUGGCAGCAUUUGGAUGCAAAGUUGUCUGUUACCAGAACUCUGAAGAUGAUGUGCCCAUUGUUGCCCUUAGCUCUCAUGAGGAAAAAGCAGAUCCUGAGUGAGAGGGGGCCCCCUUCGUGCCACCAGCCUGAGUGACAUCACCAGACAGCUCCCCCAAUGGAGAUGCCAGUGGUUCCCCCUGCCCCGAGCAAGUGCUGCUUCACUUCUGAGCAAUAACCCAUGGCAAGGGGUGGGGCCAAGUACCCAAGCAGUGCAGGAUUCUGUGCCAAGGGGCACAGCCAGGCAGACCUUCUCCCUACUAGAGAUUGGCAGAUUCCCCACCAACCCUGGCCCCAGUGACUAUUCCCACUGGCUUCUCCACCCAGCUGGCAAAUGGCCUGGAUUCUCCCCUGGUCAAUAAAUGGCCUCUAUUUCCCCACCUGGGUAUAAUUAAAAACUGUACCCAACUAGGGAAAAAUACAGGCCACUGACCAAACGGAUCAGAACACUUCCAUGCCCCUGGGCCCCCUGAGCCACUCAACAUCAAAGGAAUGAGAAAGGAUGGGGUUAUCCACCAGAACAAAGCCACUGGGCCAUUUGCAGCCCUAGCCUAGGGAGAUGCCCCUACACUGACUUCAAAGGGAGUCUGAACCCAUUUACACCCGGACUGAAUUUGACCUGUUUUGUCACCACAUCACAUGAUAGUGCAUUUUCCCCCAUAUGGGACCUGUUCGUAUAGGGCAGCACCAUCAAAAGUGGGUAUAUACAGGUAUAAUAGGAGUGGUAGUACUUGGUGAGUGUGUCUUCAGAGACAGACACAGGCAUCAACUUGACCUGGGUUAUUGCUGAUCUAAAUUGUCUCUUGCUUUCAUUUUUUAAAACAAAUUAAACAUUUCAUUAAAUCCCA